AUGUCAAGUACAACAAUUAGCCGUUUGAAGUGGGACAUAAUCAACCUAAGGAAAAAACUUGCUCAAGUACAGUCAGACAUCAUGUUCCUCACAGAUUGCAAAAAGCUCAAUGUUGUACCUAAGGGUCUCAUCAUCAAGAAUCCGCUAAAAUCUACGUGUGCUACCAGCUACUCAAUGAAGAUCUGUAUGACAACCUCUAUUAAGAUAAGGAACCACAUACUGGAUACACUGUAUGGUAAGCAAUCAUAUAUCACUACCCAACUAAGGAAACAGAAAUGUAUUCUCGAUCAGCAUCCAAAUCUCUCUGUAUUUGAACGUAACCAGAUAUCACAUAUUGCUAUGGAUGUGUAUGAUAAACAACUACAAAAGCUGAAACUCACCAAAGACAAGAAAUUAUCUGUCCUUAUAUGCAACACCACAGCCAGGACCAGUGGUCGUGAAUCAGACUCAUCUAAAUCAGUUGUGAAUCACUCAACAUAUUCUCCUACCCCAGCUGAACUAUCUGUAUUAUACCGUGGACUAUCAUUUUGUCCGUCUACCAAUAUCGACCAAAUCCAUUUAUGUGGCGAUCUUGAAGCCUUUUUUAGACGUCUAAGACUGAAAGAGUUCUUCCAUGCACAUGGACCAGCAAUUGAUAAUUCUAACCGUCAACAAGUUACCAACCCUAAUCUUCGGACCAAGAGAAACGAUGCCAAUUGGACACCAACUGAAGGACGCAACCCAAAACUAGAUCUGUACAUCAACUGCUUUCGGAAUAGAGUUCGUUCAGAAAUCAUAAACCUAAAACGCAAGUGUAAUUACAACCUGUCACCAUUAGAACGUAAGGCAGUCGAAACACAUAAGACUAAUAGGGACAUUGUCAUCAAACCAGCGGACAAAGGAGGGGCUACCGUCAUCAUGAACACAGGUGACUACAUUAGGGAAGCUAAUCGACAACUCUCUAACUCAUCGCUUUACACCACGCUUGCCACUGAUCCUACUACACAGUGUAAGAAAGAACUACGUUCUCUCAUCAAAGACUUCCCAAAAGAUAUAAAGCGAUACAUUGAAUGCACUACUCAUCUUGAACCAAAACCCGGAACAUUUUACCUCCUUCCCAAGAUCCACAAGCAAGAUAACCCAGGACGUCCUAUCAUUUCCGGUAUCGGCACUUUAACUGAAGGCAUCUCUAAGUACGUAGAUCGCAUUCUCCGGCCAUUUGCUACCAGUGCAAACAGCUACAUAAAAGACACCACAGAUUUCCUAUGCAAACUCCAAGAUAUCGAGAACUUGCCUCAAGGUACUUUACUUGCCACUAUGGAUGUAGAAGCCCUCUACUCUAACAUACCUCAUGAAGAUGGACUCCAAGCUAUAUCGGACACUGUUACUGACAAUACCGAACUAAUAUGCAAACUUACUAACUUCAUACUUUCACAUAAUUAUUUUCUAUUUGACAGUGAUAUGUACCUUCAGAUUAAUGGCACAGCUAUGGGCACGCCCAUGGCACCCCAAUAUGCCAACAUAUUUAUGUCUAACUUAGAACAGAGGUUCCUUGAAACCCAAACACUACGACCUCUACUAUAUUUACGUUAUAUAGACGACAUUUUCAUGAUUUGGACACAUGGUAUGGACACACUCUUACAAUUUCACAAUGACUUUCAUAAUUUUCAUCCUACCAUAAACCUCACACUCGAAUACUCUGAUGACAAAGUCAACUUUCUUGACACCACUAUCAUCAUUAGGAACCAGAAACUACAAACAUCUCUGUACAGGAAACCUACAGACAACCAAUGCUACCUUCAUGCAUCCAGCUUUCAUCCUCCACAUAUACUAAGGUCAAUCAUAUUCAGUCAGUCACUACGAUACAACAGGAUAUGUUCUGACCAAACUGACCGAGACACACACUUACUUGAACUUAGCAAUACAUUCUCUCGCCUCAAAUACAAUCCUAAUACCAUACACGAACAAGUUGAACGAGCUAAGAGAAUAGACCGUAAAAAUUUACUCAAAUGCACACCUAAACCUGUCAAAAACCGCACCCCACUAGUUGUCACAUACAAUCCCAUGCUCAAACCACUCAAGCGUAUCAUCAAUGACCUCCAACCAAUAAUCUCAACAGACCCAUACCUUGCAGACGUCUUCACAGACAAAGUACUAUUGCAUACAGACAACCACCCAAUCUCCGACAACAACUCAUUCACAGCCAACUCCCUACUGAUAAUACACCCGGAACUUUUCCUUGCAAUAGUAACAAAUGCUUACUUUGCCCCCAUAUCAACACUGACAACAAAAUAA